AGUUGAUGAUGAUGAUGAUGAUGAUGAUGGGGAAAGCGGGGAGAAGGGGAGGGCAAGGGGGAAGGGUGGACAGGAGUGGACAGAUGGACAGGGGGAUAGUUUGAAUGAUAAUCGGGAAGAAAGAGAAAUUUCUGUCCGAAACCUGUAUUUUAUUAUACUUCCAUUUGGUGAUAAUAAUGUUGACCGGAUAAGAUUUGGACUUUGUCAUCGUUAA